UUUUUUUGACUUGGCAUUUGCCAUUAACUUCUUUUCUCACCGUUGUGUACAGGUUGGUAUUUCUUUCCCCUCAUGCCCUUUUUUAAAAUGAUAAAACAUAACUAAGUAUUGAAAAUUAUUUUAUGGACCCCUGAGCUAUGUUUCACAGACCGCCUUAGUGAUCCCAGUUUGAGAACCACCGCUGUACAGAAUGUUUUCUUGUGUUGACUUGUCACCAGCCGGCCCGGAGCUGAGACAUAAAAGAUAAUGUUCACCUCCCCUGUGAGGCACACACACUGAGCCACCCUCAUGUGUGCCAUGAUAACCCAAACACACCACCAUGUCGGUGAUUUCACUUUGACACACACACACACACACGCACUUAAUUGACAUUCAAGGUGUCAAAUCAUGCACAUUCCUCUGCGCCAUCAUGCGGGAGAGAUGAUAAAGAUCUCAGUAUCACAGGGAAAUUAGUGACUUGGUUUAUUAAGCAAUGGCGUGGUGGAGUUGUGGUUAGCACAUCUGCCUCGCGGUUGAGAGCACCUGGGUUUGAAUCUCAAUUUUCUUCACGAAGGCUGACAUUUGCAAAAUUCGAAUGUUGGCUUCAUUGAAGACUGUCUGUCAUGUGGCGUGUGUGAAUGCUUGUUUUUGUAAGUAUAGGGUGUACCAAAAGUGGGCUGCAAUAGGCUCCAGCUUAGUGGCCACUCUAAUGAGGACAAGCACUCCAGAAAACGGAUGGUUGGUUUCCUAUACUCUCAGCCAAACGAAACGAAAGCUCUUCAGUGAGCCAUGAAACCAGCUGCAUUCCCUUUAUUUAUAUCUUCUUAUUUAUAUUCUUGUAAUUGAUGUGUUUGGUUUUAUUUGACAUGGUAAACGAAUGAACGCCAGACCGAUUAAGCUUGCCCUUUUGAUCGUACCAUUAAACUGUUUGCGAAUUACGGCCAAUAAAGCCUUUUAUUGGGUGGCAUUGAUAUUGCAAUCCACGCUCACGGCCACCUGAGGCUGGAGCUAACGUUUUUACGAAUCUCAUGUAAUUGAGGAAAGUCAUGCCUUACUGAAUUUCAUAGAUCAGAUUUGUCUUUGCUGACCUCAAGUGGCCUUAAACGUAAUGACAUUUGUCCAUAAUGAAAGUUUGAUGGCACUCACUGUCUCUGUAGGUUACAAUUAAUGGUCGGUGAUUUUCUUGGAGGAACGACUAGGCCACCGGGGGGCAGUCAUGAAGCCAAAAAUGAAGAUUUUCACUACUACCAAGUGACUCGGGCAAAAAGGGAAAACGAGCUGGCCGACCACAACAAAUGAACACUGACUGCUCUGCUCUGCUCUGGCGCUGACACAUUCUCUCCCCCCUUUUUUGGUGGGACCGGACGAACAUCAUUACGUACUUCUACUACAGUUGGACCUGCCCGUUUCUUAUCAUUUUUGUUAUUUUUAAAGAGGAUUUCAGAGCGGUGGCGUGUUCCAAGGGAGCGACAUCACGGACACAGUGUGACCGAUCUUGGAACGCCAUAUGCGGCACUGUCUUCCCACUCCCUCCCGCCCCCUCUUCGUCAUGCGGUGGAUCUCCGCACGAUCCAGCAUCACAUUGAAUGGAUUUUUAAAUCAUUUCUAGUCGCCUUGUGAGGAAGAUUUUGCGACAAAGAGAAGACAAGCCCUAAUAUAAAAUCCAAACUUUCCCCACUCAAGUCUCUUGAUUACAAUCACCAUUUUGUGUCGAUAUGUUGGAGAUUGGCAAGAUUAAGAGAGGAAUAUCCACGAGAACAUGAGAGUUGCACACCUCCGGAUGAAGAUAAAGAUGCCACGGAGGAUGUCGUUGUACGGCCGGGAGGCUGGAGAGUGAACGCCGGCUUUGGUGCGUCUUUGCUCGGUCACGGAGGACACACGGACACGCACAUACGGAGACAGACAUCUUUGGAUAUAAAUGAUCCAAAAUUAUUAUUUGUAGUUUGCCGGUUCCAUAGGACUCCCGUGCAUACAAUGGGGAUUAUGCUCCAAGUUAUUCUAGGAAUGUUUCAAUUCCUGCUGCUCACCACAAUCCCGACGUCACACGCCAAGCUGGCUCACUGGCGUCCCACCGACUCGUCCAAAUCCAGAGAAGGUCGAGAAGUGCGGCGGUGGUUGGAGGUGUACUCCCGCAGCGGCUGCGAGCCCCGAGAAACCUUGGUGGAGGUCUGGCGGGAGUUGCCGGGGGAGACGCACCACCUUUUUGUGCCCUCCUGCGUGGCAGUGAGGAGAUGUGGCGGCUGCUGUGCCGACGAGGCCAUGGAGUGCGUGCCCUCACUCACGCAUACGCUCACCAUGGAGUUGAUGAGAACUUCCUUCAUGAAACAUGAGCUCAUUCAGCUGACUUUUGUGGAACACAGCCAGUGUGAGUGCCGGUUAAAAGAACAGCUCCAGCUGACACCAACUACAAGGCCCUAUCACAAGCCAACAAGAGUCAAGAAAAAGGGGCGAAGAGCGAAGACAUUUGAAGGCGUCCGAAAUGCGACUCUUGUUUUCUCCUCCACCCCCACCAGUACUUCUCCUCCGCCGACCUCGCGGCCAUCUUGUCGACCGUGCCGAGGCAGGAAGUGGACGCUGGAUGCGGAGUCAUGUCGGUGUCUCUGCAGAAUUACUGCUGAGAGCUGCCACCGAAAACAUCGGCGACUCAACCCUCAUCGGUGCAGGUGUGACGCCAGGAGGACUUGACGCGUCCUCCUUUUCACCUCGUCCUCUCCACCCAAAGGAAGUAUUAUUAGCACACAGCCUGUACUAGCUUUUUCUGGUUAAGCCGCCACUGUAGCACUGUACAUGUACAUCAUACGUGUGUGUGCGUGUGUGCAUCCAUCUCCACAUGUACAGUACAUAACGUGCGCAGACACAUCCAGUCACUAAACACCUCGCACGAGUGCAGGGACCACGCCGCUGAUUUAUGAUUUAUGGAUAAACAUUCCCCAGAGGACUCCCGGCUUUGCAGUUGCUUGGAGACCAUUGGGGCUAUCAUGGACGAAGUGGACCUCUUGGUUUUUCCAGGUUCACGUCAGGGCCAGUGCUUGUAUGUAGGAUUGCAAAAAAAAGCGCUGCAAUCAGAUAAAAGGCGCACACACACUCAGACAUGCCGGACGGGACAUAGGAUACGCUCAUGCAAUGUGUAUUUGGACCUAUAGUGGUGCUGAAUAUAUCUGUGUGGUCUGGCUCUGAAAGACCCCAGAUGGGUUACCCCCCCAAAAGCAUAUGAGCACGGGCGAGCCUUUUGCAGCACUUGUUUUAAUUUGGGCCCUUUUGUCUCUUGUCUUUUCCGUCGGAUUGAAAGCGGCCGCUUUUCGCCUCGCUUUGCCUCGCUUUUAGGCAGUGAGAAGAAUGACAAUAAUGAGCUCUGGCGUCUGUCCACUGCUUUGCACGCACACACAUUCCCAGUUAAAGCAGCAGUGCGAAUAGCACUCACACAAAAUGUGAAACAGGUAUAGCCAUAAUCUUAUUUGUCUUUUUCUAUAUAACAUGCCUUUUUUUUAUUACACAAGCCUUAAUUUUAUCCAUUAUUAUAAUUUUCUCACGUUGCUUGAAUGUUUUGUUGUGUUUGGCCGUAAUCCGUCCGCAUAAAGAAUCGCACCGGGGGGCCCCAAAUGUAUUGAGUCCAAAUGGACACGUCUCACCAAAAACAGGAGUACUCGGUAUACAUUAAAAUGAGUUAAUCACACUAAAAAGCAGUGAAAGGAAAAGGCGGGAACGUGAUUUGUUUUGGGUUUAGCAGACCACCAUUUUGGGACGUCAUUUGCCGUAAAAUAGACAAAGGAGGCCUCUAAUGGGUUGUCAGUCAACAUGACGUGACAGGCCAAAGCUGAAGCCGUAUUGACAUGACGGACCAAAAGGUCGAGCUGUUUUGUUGCUAUUUACUAAAAGUCGCUCCUGUAUUGGCAUGACAGUAUAAAAGCCAGAGUCGUAUCUUUGUGGCAAACCAAAACUGAAACCGUAUUGCCAUGGCAGGCCGUAACUGAAGCUGUAAAAACCAGAGUCGGAUUAAUAAGAGCAGACCUGUACUGAUUUUACGGAACAAAAUGUCAGCAAGCUUUUUUUUUUUUUUUCCACAUUUGGCUCUUUGACUUCAUUGGAAGGCUCACAAUUACACAAUUUUGCCUCUGGCUUCAUGUGCACUCCGGCGUAAAUGAAUGAAUUGAGGGACUGCCUCAACUAAAGACACACUGUAUGACAAAUACCGUAUUUAUAAUUUUAUGUCCAAGUCAUUGCAUCAAUCACUACCUCUUUGUAAGAACACAUUCAUAAUGUAACAUAACAUUCAUAACCUUUUGAGAGGUGUUUUUAUCAAUAAGUAAAUGUUUAUGGCAUGUAGAAGUUAUGAUGACUGCUCAAAUGAUCUUUUUUAUUUUGGAGCCCGACACUAUGUGCUACAGAACCCCCAGAUAUUACGUUGAGAUUUUUUUUCGUAGCCACAAUAUAUAACAUACACGUAUGUACAUUAUAUCUUACUUAUUUAUAUACAUACAUACAUUAUCCCUACCUAUUUCAUGGACAAAAUGUAAUCAUUUAUGACCAUGAAAUACUGUUGGUAUAAUUUGCGCAGGAAAUACUAUUUUGUAAGUAAAUGGACCACACAUUCGCUAUAAAUUU